AUGACUGUUAAGCUAACCCGAUCAGCUUCUAACAAGUGUGACAGUACAUCUGCUAUUACAACUGCUUCUGACGUCUCCGUGGAAUCUUGCACUAGAGUCCAGAAGGCCUCGGGGGGCAGCAGUAAAAAUAAACGUCACUUGCUGUUAAGACGGGUCACCAGUGAUGUGAACUCUGAUUCUUUCUGGCUCAUCGAGAGAGAGAUCUCCGAAGACGCGCCCUAUGCCGGCAUGCUCAUCGUCCUCAUACCAGGAAACCCGGCGGUUGUGUCUGUCUACCGCGAGUUUGCUAUGAUGCUGGUAACCAAGCUCAAGGGGGCUGAGGUUCUGGUGGAAGGGCAUGCAGGACACUCCCAACACAGUCAGCAACAGUUCACCACCCUUCAGGAGCAAGUGGCUCACCACGUUAGACUUCUUUCUAGACGCAUCGAUCCCACCAAGCAUGAGAGAGUCUUGCUACUAGGACAUUCAAUUGGUGCAUUUAUUCUCCUCGCUUUUCUCCAACGAAUCUGCCACAACUUCCCAACGGUGAAGUUUCAAGUAGGUUUGCUAGCCCCUACUAUCUGCAGAUUCUCCAACUACAACUCACUGCGCUAUUACACUCGUCCUGGUCUCGCAGUGCUAGCUUGGUUUCGUCCUAUACUGAGUUGUCUCUUGGCUCUUGUGCCAGCAACUGUCCCAAUGCGAGAUGCUGGUCGGGAGAUUUGUCGUGGUAGAUUUCUACGUAACGUUGAACGGAUGCUCUCGUGGGAGCUCCAAGAGAUGCCACUUGAGCCCAAUGUUAACGUUUUGAUGAGAGUAGAGGGAGCGUUCUGCAUUCACGUUACCAUUGACAAAUACACCAAUAGCGAUCUGAGGGCUAAAGUCCAGAAGAAGUUUAUGGCUAGCAUGCCUGAGGGCUGCGGUCAGGUUCGCACCAUUGAGGCCCAUCACAACUUUCUUGAUGAGGAGGAUGUCCCAAAAAUGGUUGACGCUAUCGCUUCUUGUGUUGAAGCAUAA